AUGUCGAACAACGUAGAUGCAAUCUGGGCUGAGAUGAAAGAGGAGGCAAAGAGUGCCUCCCAGAGAGCUCAGCGCAUCGGGCAAGCAUCCGAUGGAAGUCUGCCAGUCUUCCGCAGAAAGCGCGAAAAGAAGCCCCAACGGGCGAAAGAAUUGAGUUUCUGGACGAAUGGUGGUACUGCAGCUGAGGGCUCAACAGACCGGUUUCUCUACGAGGAGUUCACCACAGAUAAAGAAAGUGAAAACCGCGCCAUUGAUAAUCACCGUGCUGAUACGGUCGUCGCACUCACUGACUGGCUGCGUACAUCAGUACCGCUAGUCUUGAGGGCAGCCGAGGAAGCGAAAUCUUAUUCGGAAGUUGCUCCUCCUGGCCAAGGCUUGCCUCGAGCGACCGAGCUUGAUAAACAGCUCCGUGAGAAGCUUCUUAGCCGCUUCAAAGACUCUAUCGCACCCGACCUCGCUGAUGCAGCCCUUGAGUUUCUCCUCCGCCCUCUCGUACGCCUUUCACUCAACCCGGACACGUUCGCCAGGGAUACCUCAAGACUUGCCGCUUGCGAGGUUCUGAAGAACCUCUUGUCAAGCUGUGGGGAUGCUCACUUUGUCACCGCCCUCCCGUACGUAGUGCCUCACAUAGUGAUUCGGUUGAAUUGCGGUGAUCUCGAUGGAGUCGCUGGAGUGCCGGAGAAGACGAGGCCUUCGCCAGAGCAAAAGCCCCAGCAGAUGGCUCACGCAGACGGCAGAGAACUUUGUGAGGAAGUCAGAGAGCAAAUCGCUGAUUUGAUAAUAUGCCUGUUGGGACGGGUUUCCGGCAAGCCCACCGUCCUCGUCCAAUCCAUCGAUGAGAUCGUGAGUCUAGUGAGAGGCCUCAUGCUCGACGAUUUCGGCAAAAUCAAGCUCAUAGGCUGCGAGGCCUGUGAGGUCCUCUGCGACGCCCAUGCCCCUCUCUUGUUGCACUUUGGCGAGGCGAUGGCUCGAAGCGCUUCAUCCUGCCUCACUCACAAUCAUAUGCAGGUUCGUAUCGCAGGACUAAGAGCAGUGACGGCAUGUCUCAAGACGACCACCUGGAAACACUCCUUCGACAUUAUCGCACAUCUUACUGCAUGGAGCGAUCCCAACCAGGUCUCCUCAGCGAUCUCUAGUCAUCAAUAUGAGCAUCCCAGGUGCCAGUGA